AUGAUCGUGUUAUUUCUUUUGCUGGCUCUGGCAACUUUUCAAAACACACAAUGUGCUUAUUCCGCCAUUAAACAGCCACUCAAUGUCGAAACUAAUUAUCGCAACAUGUUGUUGCGUUUAAAUAAUCGUCUUGAUAAUGUAAGUCCCUCGAUACACAUACGCGAGGGUAGAGUUGAGGUCAGUUUUAAUUACGGUCGAACCUGGGGUACAGUUUGCGCAACCCACUGGAGUUAUCGAGAGGCGAAUGUUGUGUGUAAACAAUUAAAUUUAGGUUAUGCUGCCUUCUCCAAUCAAACACAACAAUUUGGCACAAGCCAUAGGUAUCCCUGGAAUAUGGUGGGUACACUAUGUCGUGGCACCGAACACAGUUUAAGAGAUUGUUUUCGUGAAUCUCAAUAUCCAAGAGCCUGUAAUGCAACUAAUCGAAACGUAGCUGUAGUAAGAUGUGUAGAGAAACUGUCAGAUUUAACAUUAGGUAUACAAGAUAUUGAACAGUCUGCUUAUUUGGAUACACAGCCAUUGCAAAGAUUAACAUGUGCCAUGGAAGAGAAUUGUUUAUCGAGAGAUGCAUAUCGUAUUAUACUCACACAGCCCCAGGCUUUGCGUAAAUUGUUACGUUUUACUACAAGAGCGGAAAACGUUGGCAGUGCUGAUUUUAGUCCAUAUGCUAAUUAUGAGCAAUGGCAAUGGCAUCAGUGUCAUAAUCAUUAUCAUAGUAUGGAAUCAUUUGCAUCAUUCGAUAUAUAUAAUAUGAGCUAUCAGAAGGUGGCUCAAGGUCAUAAGGCAUCAUUUUGUUUGAUGGAUACUGCCUGCAAAUCGGGCAUAACUCCGAAGUAUACCUGCGGCAAUAGAACACAAGGCAUUUCAAUUGGUUGCUGGGAUACUUACAGUACUGGCUUAGAUUGUCAAUGGGUGGAUGUUACAAAUCUGCCUACGAAUAGAACAUAUAUCUUAAGAAUUGCCAUUAAUCCGGAAUAUAUGAUUGGUGAAGUUAGCUUUGAAAAUAAUGGUGCUGAAUGUUUGCUCCAUUAUACGGGUGAACGAAAUACAACCAGAGUUACGAAUUGUACACGUUCGCCAUUGUGGUAUAAUAAGUAAUGCGGAGUGUUAUUACUGCUGUUAGAAUAUUAAUUUAGUUUUAAUAUUUUUUAUGUGGUGUCAGGUAUAAAAUUUUUUCUAUA